GCGAUGGGAAUGGGAACGCUCUGCACGGGAGUUUCCUUUCCGUUGCGCUCCCCCAGCCGAACCCCAAAGACCCGAAGUCGGGUGGGAGGGAAAUUCCUACCCGGUUCUCGCCCACCCCCGCCCGUUUUUGUCUCCGGCUCACUGCCUCUCUCGCUCCGAUGCCACCGAGCCUCGUCACCACUUCUGGGUGGCCGACCGGCGGAGGUGGCGGCGAGCUCCGGAGCUCCGGGCAGAGAAAUGGGGCAGUUAGUGACACGCCGCCUCGGAACUGGAGUCCGCGCCGCGCCCCGCAGGGCGAUGGACAGCCGAACCCCGCGCUCGCAGGACGCCCUGGCGGCGCCCACGCCUCCCGCCGCCCCAACCGGGAGAAAACCAAAAGCCAAGGCACCACGUCCUCCAGCUGAGACCAGAUAUGUUGAUGCCUCUUCAGUUGAUGAUCCUGUAGAAUCCUCUGCUUGCAUCAUGGAACAGAAAGAAAACAUGAUAGAUAAAGACAUUGAACUCUCAGUGGUGCUACCUGGGGAUAUUAUCAAAUCGACUACUGUUCAUGGCAGUAAACCUAUGAUGGACUUGUUGAUAUUCCUCUGUGCACAGUAUCACUUAAAUCCAUCCAGUUACACAAUUGAUCUGCAGUCAUCUGAAAAUAACCCCAUUAAAUUUAAGCCAAACACACCAAUAGGAAUGUUGGAGGUGGAGAAAGUCAUUUUAAAGCCAAAAAUUUUGGAUAAGAAAAAGCCUACGCCUAUAAUACCAGAGAAAACUGUGAGAGUAGUGAUCAAUUUUAAGAAAACACAGAAGACAAUAGUGAGAGUUAGCCCUCAUGCACCACUCCAAGAACUUGCCCCCAUUAUAUGCAGCAAAUGUGAGUUUGAUCCACUGCAUACACUGUUGUUGAAGGAUUAUCUAUCUCAGGAGCCCCUUGAUUUGACAAAAUCUCUUAACGACCUAGGACUAAGAGAAUUAUAUGCCAUGGAUGUCAGCAGAGCCACUUCUGUUACUGCCUUCAAUAAAUCAUCUUUACAAGAAUCCUGCCAAGUAUCACAAAACCUAGACAUUAUGAAGGAGAAGGAAAAUAAAGGGUUUUUCAGCUUUUUUCAGCGCAGUAAGAAAAAGCGGGAACAGACUGCAAGUGCCCCUGCAACUCCUCUAGUAAAUAAGCAUCGCCCAACUUUUACAAGGUCCAAUACCAUUUCCAAGCCAUAUAUUUCAAACACCCUGCCAUCGGAUGCACCCAAGAAGAGGCGGGCCCCGCUGCCUCCAAUGCCAGGGUCUCAGAGCGCCCCCCGGGACCUUGCUCACAUCCAGGAGAGGCCAGCUUCUUGUGUAGUGAAAUCCUUGAGUGUGGACGAAACAGAGAAGAGUCCCUGUGGAGCAAGCAUAGUGAGAACUGGCUCACUGCAGCUCAGUAGUACAUCUGUUGGUGAUUCAUCUUUGAAGAGGACAAAGCGAAAAGCACCUUCCCCACCCUCCAAAAUACCCCUGCAUCCAAGUGAUGAAAGUAGUCCUGUCACUGCCCCACAGGCAGGACGCACGGUUCCUUCGGAUGGUGUUUUAGAAGCAAACCCUCCCAAGGGGCUGCCCAGCCCAGAUUUUACUUCUUUGGCAGAAGCCUCCCUUGACCCCGGGCUCCCCAGUCUCGAACACUCCACUGUGCCCAGACUACUGGAUGAAGCUUCCCUCUCCGAGUGCUCUCGAACGGCCGAGACAGCCGUAGCAUCUCUAACAUCUGGAAUAAGCUCUGAUCAUAGCCUUGAAGAGAUAGAUGAAAAGGAAGAACUGAGUGAAGUGCCUAAAGAUGAGGCUGAAAAUAUUUCUCUGAAGUCACAAGAUAUUCCUUCUGGAUCUACUGAUAUAAUAAAUACACUGAAAAAUGAUCCUGACUCAGCCCUUGGCAAUGUUACUGGAGAGUCCUCACAAAACUCCAAAGAAGAAAAACAAGAAGCUAGAAACACAGAUGGACAAGGGCUACAUAUAAUGGUAUAUAAUACAAGCAGGGAAGAGAGGGUAGUUGACAGUGUAAGAAACUUGAAGUCAUUGGGCCUAAACCAGGAGAAUGUAGAUCAAAAUGAAGUAAUUGUCAUUCCACCGAACACAGAAGAUCAUAUGAAAAAUGGAGUGAGGAGAAAAGAAAUCAAUGUAGGAGGUGUUGCCAAAAAUAACAAUGUGGACAUGGAAGCUGACAGACUAUCAAACUAUCAGGCACAUAAAACUGAUACUGCUGAAAGUUACAAGGAAAAUCAUCUAGCUGCUUCAUUAGUACAAGACCAAAAACUGAAUCAACCCAGUGAGGAAAAGACCAAAAUGCAAGACACAGCCAUUCAGACAGUCCCCUCCACUGAGAGCUUUGAUGGGAAUCACCGAGAUCAUAAUUUGUCUAACUUCAAAGUUAACGAAAGUGUGCAAACUCCAAGUAAUAAUAAAUCAACUCAACACUCACCUUCAAGUCCCCAAGAUUCUGUAGAUGCCUCAAGGAAAUUCAGGAGUCAGGGCCCUGUAAAGGUACAUUCAGAAAAUCAACUCACCAUAAAAGAUCCAAUUUGUACACAUGGUAAUGACCGUCUUUUGCCUCCUGUAGAUGGGAAUGAUAAAAAUUCAGCUUUUUCUCAUGUAAAGAAUUAUCCACUUUAUAGACAAGACUAUGAUCCCAAGCCAAAACCUUCAAAUGAAAUCACAAGAGAGUACAUACCCAAAACUGGAAUGACUACUUACAAAAUUGUGCCUCCCAAAUCCCUGGAGAUACUGAAAAAUUGGGACUCAGAAACCACUGGCUAUAACGAUGACCAGGAGAUGCAUACUUUAGGAAGAAAGCCCACUGAUGAGAGUGUGAAAGAAACUGCAGUCCAAACAGAAGAUCUUGUGGUCUCUGAAAGUCCAAGGGAGCCACAGGCAGACGUUCAACUGAGGCUUACCCCGAGAACAGAGCAUCAGGUGCUCCGCCUGGAGAGCUCGCCCUGCAUCGCCGUGGGGAAGCCUCUGAAACCUGCUCCCAGAGUGACGAAAGACCCUGGCACAGCUCCUUUUGCGCCGAAUUUGGAAGAUAUCAACAAUAUUUUGGAGUCAAAGCUUAAAUCUCGGGUUUCAAAUGCCCAGACCAAACCAAGUUCUUUUUUCCUGCAGAUGCAAAAAAGAGUUUCGGGUCACUAUGUGACAUCUGCAGCGGCCAGGAGUGUCCACGGGGCCCCUAACCCCGCUCCAAAAGAACUGGUAAAGAAAGAGGAGGAAAAGGACGCGCGAGCCCCUCCGGGGCAAACUCUUGGUCCCGUCGGUGGAACAGCUCCGCCUCUUCCACAGCCGCCUAUCGAUCAACACACCGCCGAGGAGCGCGGCGGCCCGGAGGCGGCCGACACGUCUCCUCCGCCCCGAGCUCCGGGCCCCGCUCCUCUUCCUGCGAGUCGGUUAGCAGCACUAAACUUGAAGACUCUGAAAACUUUUGGGGCCCCGAGACCUUACGCGAGCUCCGCGCCAUCCCCCUUCGCCCUGGCCGUAGUGAAACGCUCCCAGUCUCUCAGCAAAGUGCGCCCGGAGCUGGGCGGCGAGCGUGCGUUCGCGCCGCCUCCACCUGACUCAGAGGGAGGGAAGGCUCCGUCUGUACAUCCAUCUGUGGGCCUCGCACAGCUCUGUGUGCGUGAUGAGGGAAAUAACUCUGCACAUAAUGAACAGAAUUCCCAAAUACCAUCUCCAACUGACUGCCCAUCACUCAUUCUUAAGAGACAAAGUUCUUUAACAUUCCAAAGCUCUGACCCAGAACAGAUCCGACAGAGUUUGCUGACUGCAAUCCGUUCUGGAGAGGCUGCUGCCAAAUUGAAAAGGGUUACUGUUCCAUCAAAUACAAUAUCUGUGAAUGGAAGGUCAAGACUCAGCCAUUCCAUGUCCCCUGAUGCCCAGGACAGCCAUUAAAUGUCGCCUGUGAUAAUGCACUUCACUUCUACUUCACAGAACACCUUCAUCCUAAUGGAGAAUGUUGGCAAAUGUAUAUUCAGAUGUACACUAAUAUAUUGUCUAUUAAAGUGUAAGAAUUUGUGCUGUGGCUUUUAAUGCCAAAAGAAGAAUUACAGAAUUUAUAAGUUAUGAUAUUUUUGGCCCCUCCUUUUUUUUUUUUUUGCCUUAAAAGCUCAAUAUGCUGCUGUAGAACUUUAAGACAAGGUGUUAAUGACUUUCAUUUUCUUUCAAAUGAGAAAUAGUCACCUUUUGUUGAUUUCACUUGCACAUUCUCUACAGUGGUGACUUAGACAAAAGGAAAAAUUGAGAUUCAUAGACUUAUAUUUGUGUGACACCUAUAUAGGUAAGCAAACAUAGAUCUGACAUUUGCUGCCUUAAUGUUACAGUUUAAUUGGAAAUGUUUGUAAGUUAUAUUAAGGUCUGUUUUGGCUGAAAGUACAAUAUAGAGAACUAAUACCAAGUAUAUUUGGUUCAGCAGUUAAAAUGAUGAAUCACUUAGUGUGCAAGUCUUGUAUGUUGUUCAUGUAAUUACAAAAUCAGUGUCAAAUUUAUGGGAAGCUCAUAGUAUUUUAAUAUUUUAUUAACAUGGAACAUUUGUUUUUUUAAUCUUUAGAACUUAAAUUGCACAAAGAACAUUUUAAAUAUUUUUUGUAUAGAAUCAUGACAUUGUUGUCACACAGAUAUUACACAUUUAUGUGCCAGAAGCCUUACAAAUCACCUUAUGACAAUGUUGAUCUAUUGUGACAAUUAUUUCACUUUUGAUGUGUAGCAAGGAAUAGGGGUUAGUCUGUGUUCAUACUGGAAAACUUCAAAGGCUACUUGGAGGUUCCAGAAAUCCUGGUUUUAAUUAAAGUAAAAUGAUAAAGUCUUUAUGUAGUUCAGAUGCUAAUAUUCUAAAUAAUAAUAUAUAUUUACAUUAAAGCUAAAACUGUCAAGCAAAACAAUGCCUAAUUUGUUGGCUUAUAACCGUACUGGGGUCUAGAGCUCAUUCAUGGUCUAGUCCUAAUUUAAGAAUCUAAUAGCUCAUUUAUUCUAAAAGCUUGGUCAAACAAGUGAAUGUUACGUUGAUUUUCACUAAAGCUCUUGGGAUGUCUGCCUCUUUGGAAAAUGUGUUGAUUUUUUUUCCCCCUGUCUAAUAAAAGCAAGUUAUAUAUUU